AUGCUUCCCGGGGCGGGUCCCCUCGCCUUCCUCCUGCGGUGCCUCCUGCUCCUCCUCGCCUCCGAGAGCCGAGCCCGGGCUCGGCCAGACACGUUCUGCGACUUCAACGGCAAGAAGUACAGCCCUGGGGAGAGCUGGCACCCGUACCUGGAGCCCCAGGGGCUGAUGUACUGCAUCCGCUGCAGCUGCUCCGAGAACACCAACAUCAGGUGCUACCGGAUCCAGUGCCCAGCUCUGCCGUGUGCCAGCCCCGUCACGGACCCCCAGCAGUGCUGCCCAAGGUGUCCUGAGCCACAAUCUCCGUCUGGGCUCCGUGCACCCGCCAGGUCGUGCCAGUACAACGGGACCACGUACCAGCAGGGAGAGAUGUUCAGCAGCAGCGAGCUCUUCCCCGGCCGCCAGCCCAACCAGUGUGUGCAGUGCAGCUGCUCUGAAGGCCAGAUUUACUGUGGCUUGGUGACCUGCCCUGAGCUGCUGUGCUCCUCUCCCCUAACUGUGCCAGAUUCCUGCUGCCAGAUCUGCAAAGAUGGCUCCUUUGAGAAGUCCACAGAAGAGGAACCCCUGCAGUUAAACAGAGGUGUUAGACACUCACAAGACCAGUGCUUGGGAGAGGUGAUGGGGAGGAAAGCACCUGGAGCCACCGUGGCCACUGUUCUCAGUUCUUCCCUGGAGUUAAUUCCCAGGAGCUUCAAACCCAAGGGAACAGGAGGCACCACUGUGAAGAUCGUCUUGAAAGAGAAGCACAAGAAAGCCUGUGUUUACAAUGGCAAGACCUACUCCCAUGGGGAGGUGUGGCACCCGGUGUUCCGGCUCUACGGCCUCCUGCCCUGCAUCCUCUGCACCUGCAGGGACGGCGUCCAGGACUGCCAGAAGAUCACUUGCCCCAAGGAGUAUCCGUGUGAAUAUCCAGAAAAAGUAGAUGGAAAAUGCUGUAAAGUAUGUCCAGACACCAGAGUCAAACCCACGGAUGAGAUGGCCACGCCCCGGUGUGGCAGGAGCCCCAGCCGUGUCCUGGUGUACACGUUCGUGCCGCCGCGCUCCGAGGCCUCCAAGGACAUCCUCAGGACCAUGGCCAUCGAGAAGGAGCUGGCAGAAGAGGUGGAAAUCUACAACUGGAAGCUGAUUAAAGGAAUAUUCCAUCUGAUCCAGACCAAGAAGAUCAGCAAACAAGAAUUCAAGCAAGAGGCACAAAACUUCAGGCUGAUCACUAGGACAAAUGAAGGUCACUGGAACAUCUUCCGAGCCCAGACGUCGGAGCUGAGGAUGACAGAAAGCCCAGAGAAGGAAACUAAGAACUUGUAAAGCAAAGAACUUUCCUCUAACUAUUGAUUUAUCUCCACACAGACACACAUACACAUAUAUAUGGACU